AUGAUGUUCUGGUCCUCGAAGACUGGGAUAAGUUCCAAAUACACAUUUUCAUCCUCGCCAACGUUUACCGCUGAACCUUGGAGUGUUUACACCGGUAGACCCAAAUCUAGCUCCAAUUCAGGUGCAUCUAAGGUAUCAAUUUUCCAAUUUGAUAAGAAAAUGUUUGAAAACUAUCUUUUGAAAUAUGGGAUUAUCAAAUCAAAAUCUUCAUCGCAGGAUAAGAACUUAAUUCAAGAGGGUUAUGAAAUCUUGAGAAGUCAGGUUAACAACUUGGCUAAACUAAAGCAUCCAAACAUACUGACACUAAUUGAACCCCUUGAGGAACACUCCAAAAAUUUCCUGUUUGUUACAGAAUAUGUGACAGGUUCAUUGGAAUCGAUAUUUAAGACUGACCAACAACAGAAUGAUGACGCUGAUGAACAGGACUUCUUUAAAGGUCAUGUGAAGGAUCAGAUCGUUAUUCGCCGUGGUAUCUUACAAUUAGUAAACGGGUUGGAUUUUAUUCACAAUAAAGUUCACUGUGUCCAUUUAGAUAUUCAACCAAAAUCUAUAUUCAUUAAUGAGAAUUCAGAUUGGAAAAUUUCUGGAUUGGGUCAUUUAUUUAAACUGCCUUCAGGUUCAAACACAUCAGAACAUUUCUUACCACAAUAUGAUCCAAGAAUACCCUCAUUCAUGCAACUACAAUAUGAUUAUACUGCUCCAGAAAUUAUUUUUGAUAAUACUGUCACUUGCAAGAAUGAUUAUUUCUCAUUGGGACUUUUAAUAAAUUUCCUAUAUACUGGAGAGAACAAUUUGAUACGUAGUGAGAAUUCAAGUAGUCAAUAUAAAGAUGAAUAUAAGAAAUUCGAGAAGAAAAUUAGUUCCAUGUCCUGGGAUAAUGUAUUCCCCAAGCUGCCCAAUCAACUAAAAGCAUGCAUCCCAAAACUAAUGAAUAGAGACAUUUAUUCUCGCUAUGAUAAUAUCACCGAUUUUCUUGAAACUGAAUUUUUCCAAGAUCCAUUAAUUAAAACAUUAAAUUUUCUGGAUGAUUUGCCAACCAAAAGUAACCAAGAAAAAUUGGUUUUCCUUGAUGGUUUGAUUGAAUUGCUACCGCAAUUUCCAGUGGCAUUAUUGCAAAAGAAAUUUUUACCAAUCCUUUUAGGAUUAUUGGACCAAUUAUGUGCUGAUAAGAAUAUAGAUCAAGGUUGUAUCUCGAGAGACUUACAAAUUAUCUUGAAGAUUGGUUCCAGUUUAUCACAAUUAUCAUUUCAUGAGAAAGUGUAUCCAGUACUGACAAAUAAGACAAAUUUCCCGAUUCUAUUAAACAGUUCUACUGAUUCUUUAAUCGAUAAUAUAUCGAUCUUAAAGGAAAAGAUUAAACUAUCUGAAUUUUUAGACUCAUUUAUGAAACCAUUAUUGAAAUACGUAUUGAACAAUUUUGAAGGUGAAAAUUCCAUUACAUCCCAAGAAAAAUUAUUAUCACAAUUACCCUUAAUACUUGACUGCCUUGAUUUCCCGGAAGUGAAGAACUUCCUCUUACCUUUAAUUGCCAACCUUUUCACCAAGACUACCAGUUUAACUAUAAAAGUUACUAUUAUAACAUGUUUUAAGACUUUAAUCGAGCAUAAAUCAGUGGAUGCAUAUGUGUUUUGUGAAGAAGUGUUGCCAUUGUUUAAAUCAAUGAAGACACGAGAUCCAAGAAUUUUAAUGACAUCUUUGACGUUAUUUGAAACCAUCCCACAGAUCGUAUCAGACGAAGUUAUACUUGUGGAACAAUUAUUACCCUUGAUGUGGAAUUAUUCUAUGGCAUCCACUUUGAAGGCAAAUCAAUACACAGCCUUCACCAAGGUCAUUAAUAAAUUUUCAUCAGAUAUUCAAAAUCGUCAUAUACAAAAACUGGGGAACUCCACUGAUUUGAAUGGAUUGAAUAAAGAGGGUGCCUUUAACAAGAUUAUUGAUACACCAGUUGUGAAAAAGACACCUGACCUGGAAACACAGCAAGCCAAGAAUAUCAGUACGCCGGCGAUUCGCCCCACUCGAAAUAACAUGCUACCCAAAGCCAGUCUACCGAUCCAGCCCUUAUCAAGAAAUCCGCUACCACUGUCCAAUAAAACGCUUCCAGUUAAGAGUCCUGAUUUUGACCAUCACUUUGCAAAUAAUGGUUCAGUAAACCCUUUAACGGGAUCUCGUUCCUCUGCGCAUACAAGGCAAGGGCAAUCUCAAGUAUAUACACCUAAGAAUGCUACUACUGAUACAUUUGAUGAUUUUGAUACAUUCGUAUCUGCGUCGUCGACCCCACAGACCACCAAUAGAGUGACACCCAUGCAGCAACCGCUGAAACCAAAUACAAUAUCUCCCGCUCCAGGCAAUUUCCCACCAGGAUUUUCCAUCCCACUCCAGCCCAACAGGAAGGAUGCCAAUCCAUCCAGUUCCUCCUUCGACAUCAACAGCGAUUCAUUGAUUUAA